GAAUAACCUCUUUUCAGAACUCGUGGCGAUAUGAAAGCAAAACUUUAUUUGGACUUGUCCACCACCCUUAGUCAGGGGUCAAGAACUAGCACGACACAUAUUUUCCGAGCAAAAUGACAUUAGGUUGUUCCGAGAUUCUCUCGAUCUACUAUCUGGCUUCAGUAGCCAUCGUAUCGUGUUUCGACUACGGGCAAGGGGAUGACUCAAAGGACAAUGCUUUUGAACGAAAUAGGAACGUCCAGCAAAAUCGACCCUCCAAUGUGGGUUUAGAUUUAAUACACAACAAAGAUGCGGAGGAUGUAGCGUCUUUUAAGAAGUUACUUGGAGAAGCUAGGCAUAUUUUUGAAGACUCUGAAAAUGAGUGCGACCGUGGCCAAGGCAAUCAUGAAAAUCAUCUCAACCUAUUUGCAUACGGCUCGAGUAAACUGGCCACAAGCGAAGGUUCCUCAUCCUCGUCGAUCGUGCUUCUUGGGGACAUAUUCAACGUUCGGGACGUGGUACCGGACCACGACAAAUUCAACGACAAAAUCAGCUGGGUGCAUUUAGUGAGCGACAACUACAAGAUGGACCUCAUCCUGACCGCAAAAGACCGGCCCUUUUCCAUCCUUCCCUUGGACAGAUUCGCGGUCACCUUCCGUGAAGACUCGAAAUUCAUUCGAGGCUCCAAGUUGCCUUUCCGACCGGGUAGUUUCGAUGCCGUCAUGAACGGCACGCUGUAUAAAACGCUUGUGUCCGAUAACUCGAUCCACCCGACCAAAUCUGUCGAUAUUCUCUACAUCUCAUUUGGUGACUCUUUCCUCAAACUCCGAGCCGCCUCCGGUGAGUUUAGAUACUUUAAAAAUUGUAAACAACUGUUUAUUUUGUUCCAGAAGCUAGCUUUCAAAUAAACAACUGAUCUCUCUGAA